GCGGUUUCCCGCCGGAGCGGCACGGCGGUCGCUCCUUCCGGUGUCCUUCCCGGCGGGGGCGGCGGCGGGGCGGCCAUGGCGCAGAACCUGAAGGACCUGGCGGGGCGGCUGCCGACCGGGCCCCGCGGCGUCGGAACCGCGCUUAAGCUGCUGCUGGGCGCCGGUGCCCUGGCCUACGGCGUGCGAGAGUCCGUCUUCAUUGUGGAGGGCGGCCAGCGCGCCAUCUUCUUCAACCGCAUCGGCGGCGUGCAGCAGGACACCAUCCUGGCCGAGGGGCUGCACUUCAGGAUCCCCUGGUUCCAGUAUCCCAUCAUCUACGACAUCCGAGCGCGGCCGCGGAAAAUCUCCUCCCCUACCGGUUCCAAAGACCUGCAGAUGGUGAACAUUUCCCUGCGGGUGCUGACGCGGCCCAACGCGGCCGAGCUGCCCAGCAUGUACCAGCGCCUGGGGCUGGACUACGAGGAGCGGGUGCUGCCCUCCAUCGUCAACGAGGUGCUCAAGAGCGUCGUGGCCAAGUUCAACGCCUCGCAGCUCAUCACGCAGAGGGCCCAGGUGUCUCUGCUCAUUAGGAGAGAGCUGACAGAGAGAGCCAAGGAUUUCAGCCUCAUCCUGGAUGAUGUGGCUAUCACAGAGCUCAGUUUCAGCCGUGAAUACACAGCUGCUGUGGAGGCUAAGCAAGUGGCCCAGCAGGAGGCACAGCGUGCCCAGUUCCUGGUGGAGAAGGCCAAGCAGGAGCAGAAGCAGAAGAUAGUUCAGGCCGAGGGGGAAGCGACAGCUGCCAAGAUGCUCGGGGAAGCGCUCAGCAGGAAUCCAGGCUACAUCAAGCUACGUAAGAUCCGAGCGGCUCAAAACAUCUCAAAAACGAUUGCUGCCUCACAAAACCGUGUGUAUCUCACAGCAGAUAACUUGGUACUGAACCUGCAGGAUGAGGCCUUCACCAGAGGAAGUGACAGUCUCCUACCCAAAGGCAAGAAAUGAAAGAAGCUGAAGAUUCCUAGAACCAGCGUUGCUGACCAGCAGAAGAUAAGAGUGAGGAUCUUUGAACUCCCUCCACUAGUAUUGUUUGUCCUCACUAUGAAGUUUUUAAUCCAGUAGCCAGAUUUUGUCCCCAUGCCUCUGCUCCAUCUGUGGUGAUUCAGUUACAGGAAUGGGCCCUGCCUCUAGGCAGCCGUAAUUCCUUCCUCAUCCCACCAGUUAAAUUUGGAGAGGGGGCAAAGGGGUUUACUGGUAUUAACCCACGUGGAUAUUUGCCUCUAAUCUUCAUUAAUAUUUAGAUUUGUAUGUAGGAUAUCAAAUUAUUUUUUGGCCAAGUGAGGGAGUUCUUCUGCCAUCAGCACCAGGCUUUUUUUCUAGUAAAUUUUGUUUCUCUUUCACUCUUGAUCCCAAGAGAACCUGGGAGUGAAUUCAGGACAAUGCCAUUCAUUGGGUGCCUGUCACUGCUGGAAAAUCUUACUUGUGUCACUGUCUGCUCAGUGAUGCUUUCAGAUAUUUGUAAAAAUUAAAAAAAAAAAACAACCAAA